UUAUUUUAUUACUAAAUUAAUAACUUAUUUUGCAAUACAAAGAAGAAAAAGAAAAUUUUUAUUAUGACAAGUGGGCGGUUUCAAUUAAAUGAAGACAGUGACGAUAAUACAACAAAUUCGACAUCGUCAGCAACAAGUAGCGUACCGCCGUGUCCGCGCAGUGUUAACAGCGAUUUAAUAGAGCACAUACGAAAAUUUACAUUCUCUACCAUAAGCACAAGCUCAAACAACGGCGUGAGCGUUGAACAACUUAAAGAAGGAACUACUGAUAUUCUAAAUAAUUUAGAAAUAAAAAUACCUGAGUUACUACAAGGAGGUUAUUCCUUUUACACGUGGCCUUCUGCAUCUAUACUUGCUUGGUUUCUUUGGGAUCGUCGUCAAGCUCUUACUGGAAAGUACAUAUUGGAGUUAGGUGCAGGUACCGCAUUACCAGGCAUUCUAGCAGCAAAGUGUGGUGCUCAUGUGACUCUUAGUGACAACUGCAUAUUACCAAAGUCACUUGCACACACAAAAAAAUCUUGCCUAACCAAUAAUCUCUUACCAGGACAAGAUAUAGAAGUAAUUGGAUUAAGUUGGGGUCUUCUCUUAAGUAGCGUGUUUCUAAUAAAAAAUUUGGACUUUAUAAUAGCAGCUGAUUGCUUUUAUGAUCCAACAGUGUUUGAAGAUAUAAUUGUGACCGUAUCAUUUUUACUGGAACGAAACCCAAAAGCAAAGUUUCUAUUCACAUACCAAGAACGAAGCACAGAUUGGUCUAUUGAAGCAUUAUUAAAAAAGUGGAACCUUUGUGCUGUACAGGUUAAUAUUGAUGAUAUUGGUAAGUAUUCCGGCAUAGACGUUUUGGAAUUUGCUGGUGGGCAUACAAUUCAUCUAUUAGAAAUUACAAGAGAACAGAUUUAAAGAAAUAAAAAAUGUCUGGUGCCACACGCAACAUUUAUAAACUUUUUGUUGGCAAUUUGCCUUGGACUAUUGGCAACAAGGAGCUGCAGUUAUAUUUCUCUAAAUUUGGGCACGUUUCAUCGGCGCAAGUUGUUUUUGAUAAACAACAAGGACUUUCAAAGUCUUAUGGCUUUGUCACGUUU